AUCACCACAAGCCAAAAACUAACGCAAAAUUCCCUAUUUUUUAGCAACUCGGAACGGCCAGUGGCCACACACAGAGCAUGAAUCCAUCGGAGGUCAUCUGCCGGACCUGCCUGGCAGAAUGCGUCCCAAUGAUGAAUCUGUCCAGCAGUUGCGAUUUUCCAGCUCCCUCACCGCCGUGCAUGGCAGAAGACGGGGAACAGUCGUCCCUUUCCGCCGCCGGGACCAACGCGACGGCGAUGACGAUGGUGGCAAUUCAGCUCGGGAGCAUCUACAGUGAACUCACACGGAUUCCCCUACAAGACGAACCCCAAUAUACCGUGACAACUCACAUUUCCUCACAUGUGUGCAUUAGAUGCGUGGAGCAGUUGAAGGGGUUUUACCUGUUCCGGAACAAGGCGAUCAAAGCGUACGAGGAACUGCAGACGAAGGCUAGCAUUGCACAGAUCAUCAGCCAGCUAGACCAAAGCUCGAUCGGGAGCGUCCGGAAUGAUCGCUUGGAGGAGGAUUUUGCCGAGGAUUUGAUCGCUGGGGAUGAAAUGGACGAGAGGUUCAAGAAGCCCCUGGCAGAAGGUGAAUUGCGAUGUGAUAUCUGCAAGAAGGUGUUUAAAAACAGGAAGAUGCUGGCAAGACAUCAGGAGAUCCAUUCAAGCGAGAACAAGUAUAAGUGCCGAUACUGUGGGAGGUGGUUCCGGGCCCGAAGCAGCUGGUACAAUCACGAGCUGAAGCAUCGAAAUGCGACUGGGAAGGAAGAAAAACUGGAACGGGAGUUUCUUUGCGAGGUGUGCGCGAAGGGCUUUAAAACGAAGAAGCAACUGAAGGAUCAUCUGGAAAUUGUUCACCAAGGAGUCAAACGGUACCACUGUGAUAUCUGUAAGAAGAGCUUCACACGGAACGGUUCCUUGGCGGAGCACAAACUUAUACAACAUGCCGGAAUCAAGCAGUUUUCGUGCAAGGUUUGUGGGAAAUCGUUCGGCAAGGAGGACUCUCUGAAGACGCAUCUUUCGAUCCACCUGGGAAAACGAUUCCGAUGCGAGGUUUGCUCGAAGCGUUUUUUGAAGCGAGCAUUCCUCACGGCCCAUGUGGCAAAGUAUCACCCUGCGGACAAUAUACCGAAGGGAAAUUCAUGUCAGAUUUGCAAAAAAGUGUUCAGCUCUUCGUCUCAUCUUAAAGACCAUCUGAAGAUUCAUUCGAAUGUGAGACCGGAAAUGUGCAAACUGUGUGGAGCGUCCUUCCGCCAAAAGCAGCAACUGAAGGUACACAUGUACCAGCAUUUGGGUAAGCCUUACAAGUGCCAAUUUUGCACUGCAGCUUUCGGAAUUCGUGCUCGCUUGAUGAGCCAUCUGACGAAGAAUCAUUCGAUUGAAAUUCAGAACAUGGCAAACCGGGAGGCAACACAGGAACCGCUCGUCGCCACCGUUCCUCCGGAGAUCAUCAACGAACCGGACUUCGGCGAUGGUGCCAUCAACGAAGAGAUUCUAAACGAAAUUUGCUACCAAAUCGAUGCCAAUCAGAUCGUCUUGCAGAACAUCGAAGACGAUGGAGUUAAUCUGAUUUACAGCAGCAACGAGCACAUCGUAUUCUUUGACGAUGGAAACAAUCUCCUACCGGACGAAAUCGAAGGGGUGGACGCCGCCAUUGGACAACUGUACGAUUUCACCAAGCAGGGCUACACUCUUCCGGAGGGAAAUGAUAAUAAAGACAGUUAAAGGGAAA